CGUCUUGCUCAGCUCCGCAAAGGCCCGGGCCCGGCUCUCUUCAGCCUGACGCUGUAGCACCUUGAAAGCGCGCCUGCUGGCAGCAUGGCCACCAGUCUCAGCCCGUUCGACUCUUGGUCGUCCAGCCCACUGUCCGCCCAGCAGACCACCCUCCUGCUGCUCUUCUCGGUGCUGGCCGCGGUGCACGUGGGCCAGUGGCUGCAGCGGCAGCGGCGGAGGCGGCCGGGCUCCUCGCCCCCCGGCCCCUUCUCGUGGCCUCUGAUCGGAAACGCAGUGGAGGUGGGUAAGGUGCCGCACCUCUCCUUUGCUCGUCUUGCGCGGCGCUACGGCGACGUCUUCCAGAUCCGCCUGGGCAGCUGCCGGGUGGUGGUGCUGAACGGCGAGCACGCCAUCCGCCAGGCCUUGGUGCAGCAGGGCGUAGCCUUCGCUGACCGGCCGCCCUUCGCCUCUUUCCGCGAGGUGUCGGCGGGCCACAGCAUGGCUUUCGGCCAGUAUUCGGAGCUCUGGAAGGCGCAGCGGCGCGCGGCGCACAGCACGAUUCGGGCCUUCUCGAUGCGCCAGCCAAGCAGCCGCAGCAUCUUCGAGCGCCACUUGGUUGGCGAGGCGCGCGAGCUGGUGGAGCUGCUGGUGCGCGGCAGCGAGGGCGGUUCCUUCCUGGACCCGCGGCCGCUGACCGUGGUGGCGGUGGCCAACGUCAUGAGCGCGGUGUGCUUCGGCUGCCGCUACAGCCACGACGACCCGGAGUUCCGCGAGCUGCUCAGCCACAACGACGAGUUUGGGCGCACGGUGGCGGCGGGCAGCCUGGUGGACGUGCUGCCCUGGCUGCAGCUCUUCCCCAACCCGGUGCGCACCGCCUUCCGCGAAUUCCAGCAGCUCAACCGCAACUUUAGCAACUUCGUCUCGGACAAGUUCGUGAGACACAGGGAAAGCCUCCAGCAGGGAGCCGCGCCCCGAGACAUGAUGGACGCCUUCAUCCUCUCCUCGAGAAAGGCGGCGGACCAGGGGCCGGGCGGUGGCCGCGCGCUGGACUUGAAGUACGUGCCGCCCACCGUCACCGACAUCUUCGGCGCCAGUCAGGACACGCUCUCCACCGCGCUGCAGUGGCUGCUCAUCCUCUUCAUCAGAUAUCCAGAAGUGCAGGCUCGGGUGCAGGCAGAACUGGAUCAAGUUGUGGGCAGACAGCGGCUGCCCUGCCUGGACGACCAGCCCAGCCUGCACUACAUCAUGGCCUUUCUUUAUGAGGCCAUGCGCUUCUCCAGCUUUGUGCCCGUCACCAUUCCUCAUGCCACCACUGCCAGCGCCUCUGUCCUGGGCUACCACAUUCCCAAGGACACCGUGAUCUUUGUUAACCAGUGGUCCGUGAACCACGACCCAGUGAAGUGGCCUAACCCAGAGGACUUCGAUCCAGCCCGGUUCUUGGACAAAGACGGCCUCAUCAACAAGGACCUGGCCAGCAGCGUGAUGAUUUUCUCAGUGGGCAAAAGGCGAUGCAUUGGGGAAGAACUUUCCAAGAUGCAGCUGUUUCUCUUCAUUUCCAUCCUAGCUCACCAGUGCAAUUUCAGGGCCAACCCAGAGGAAGACUCAAAAAUGGAUUUUAAUUACGGCCUGACCAUUAAACCCAAGGCAUUUAAAAUCAACGUCACUCUCCGAGAGUCCAUGGAGCUCCUUGAUCAAGCUGUCAAAAAGUUCCAGAGCCAGGAAGACUGCCAGUGAGAUGUUGGGCAGGCGGAGAUUUUAGAAAUACUCAAGUCUUGAAGUAGGCAGGGAGCAAAAUUAGGGUUGUUUUUUUUUUUUCCUAGUUCCCCUUUGCUACUUUUUCAGUUAGCCUCUGAUGUGAGCCUAAGUCAACAGAGCCUCAGGUGCUGUGCUUCCCAUAGCUGACUCAGAAUGAGCACUGGGCUCUCCAGGAGCUCUGGGAGAAGUUUUUGAGCCAAAAGAGUUGUGCCCAAGGAGAUUGUAUGCAUAAACUGAAUGCUGGGAAUAGUUUCUCAAGGGAGCAUCAUUUGGAGUUAACACACACACACACACAAACACACACUCACAUCAGAGAACAGCUCACUACUUGUUUACUAGACACACAUGUGCAUAUUGUUUGUUGUAACACAACUAAAAGCAACCCUGUAGAGUAUCCACUGAAACAUCUCUAUUUGAUAAAAAGAAAAAACUGGGAAGGUCUGUGCACAUGUACACAGCUCAUUGGCGUCACCCAGCUCUCACCUGGGAAAAAAAGUGCAUACACAUAUUCGCCCACCUCCACACCCACUCCCACCUAAUGAAGAGACAUUUCAGUAAUCAUAACUUCCUGCUGGGUAGGAUUCAAAAUUUGUGUUCCAUGUAGUGUAAAUUGCCCAUAGAAAACUGUAUUAAGCAAAGAUGCAGAAUAUCAAUCAACAUACAAACACAGAUAGUCUUCAUAUAGGUCAUGAUUGAAGGUGAUAAGGGAAAAGGUAAAACCCAGAAAUUUCCUUCAAACCUUUUCAAUAAAACAGCUAGUUAGGCUCUAGUAUCUAUGACUGGACUUAUCUUUUUGCCCACUUCAUGUGCUUUGUUCAUCCCUUUAUUGGAUGAAUUAGAAAGCCAUUUGCUAAAAAAAUAAGAAUAGUAGUUGAUUUUGUGAUUAUAGUGGGUUUCAGCCUGGCUUAAAGUAUAAGUUGUUAAAUUGCAAACAAUUCCAAGCAAAAAUCAUACCAUAGUACAGAAUUUCAAUUAUGAGAGCAAAAAACAAAAAAGAUUGUUAAUGGACUGAUUUCAGUAAGUCUUAAUAGGUUAAGAAAGUCACCAAAAAAAUUCAAUAUACAUAUAUUACAUAAUUAUUCACAAGCAAUAUACAUUAUUUUUAGUAAUUAAAAUGAAUUAUUUUGAUCAAGAAAAGGUUAAAUAAUGUAUGUCUUCUAUAAUGUCAUUAUAAAGUAGGAAAGAACAGUCAAUUUAACCAAUUUUGUGUACUAUAUAUAUAGAUAUAUAUAUCUAUAUAUCCCCAAAAUAUAUAAAUAUAUAUAUAUAUAAACAUAUAUAUUUUGCUAUGGGAAGUAUGUUUAAGGAAGGUCUCUUCUCUCACCCCAAACUUCAAUGAUACCUGAAAAUAAUCUCAAAAUUGUAUCCUGAUCACUUUACAACAUUUUUGUUGUUGUACUCACAACAAAAUAUACUCACAACACACAAUCUCUUUUUGAAAAUGAUCUAUUUAACAGGUUAAUAUUCCAAACUGUUGGUGCGCUUAAAACUUAAUUUAAUAGUGAGAUAAUUCUGAUGAUUUUGUUCCAUUUGAAUUAGUGGAAUCCGUGGACUGCAGAGAAAUUUAGCCUCUAUCUGCCUGGAGAAUAUUGAGAAAUGCAAUGAAUUUUCAGGAUGUUCUCUUUAUAAGGUAACAAGGGGAGAAUUCCUAUUUUAAUUUUCAGUUGACCUAGUUUGUCUUUUCAGUGAUUUUUUUUUGCUUGUUUGUUUAAGUAGCAUUAGUGUCUGUUUUGGAAUGUUAGAAUCAGAGACUGUCUUGGGAGGCUGUUUGGAGAUUGCAGUUGUGUUCCUGGGGAACUGAUCAGAUGGCCAAGCUGAUGGGCAGUUACUUUGGUAACUAUGAAAACAAAACUUGAACAGAAUGUGUUCAGCUUAUGUAAACAACCUGAAAACCUUAAAAAGAAAAACUGAUGGAAGAUUGCAAAAGUACACAAUGAAGUUUGACGUUUUAACUUACACUGCAUGUGUUUGUCCAAAGGAAAUUGUACAGUGUCUUAAAAGCUUAUUGCCUAUUAUGUUCUAUUAAGCUUUUUGGAAUCUUUUAUUUAAAGUUACAGAGUUGGGAGGGUAGAAUGGUUAUAUGUGAGGGCGGUAAGAGACAAGACUGGGAAAAUGACAAAGAAGAAAGCUGACUAGACAUUUUUCCAUCCGUUCUAAAUUUAUUAAAUUGAGGCAUGAAUAUUUGAGAAAAUAGUUAAGUGUGACAGUGGUAGGUCCCUGGUAGAUUUUUAAAAAUCUACAACAUAGAUCUAUUUUUAAUUUGGGAUUUUUUUCUUAAUAAAAAUUCUGCAUAAUUUGAAUGAAUGAAAUCUAUCAGUACCUCUUGUCAGUACAUUUCAAUUUUUUCUGCUCUGGCUAUUCCAGAACACUACAACCCCUCGCUACCUUCCAGCCCAGCCGUCAUUUUUAGCUGCCCUACGCUUCUUGCUCUGAUUGAGAAAUGUGUGGCAGCAAAAGUAAUUAUGUCCCAAUUAGAUGCCUCGGUUCUGUCAACCAGGUCCAAAUGGGCUACAAUCUGUUUUCACAUAGGCUCAGCCUAUCCCAUGUUUUCAGCAGUGAGAAAGCCGUGCUUAUAUAGAAGAGAGUACAGUGAGUGUGUGGUGGUUGCCUGGCUGAUUUAAUAUGCUUGUGAGCAAGUUAAAGGAAGGAAAGCAAAACAAAAAUCAGAUUUCAAAACCAAAUUUGGAGGCUACGGUAUUCAGAUUACUGAUGUAAUCAGAAAACUUCAUUUUAUUUCUAGUGGAUCAAAAGUGUAUUUGCUGGUUACCAUAGAAGUCAGAAUAUCUACUCUAGAUUACUGCGAUAGUUAAGGUAUAUCAUUCAUUAUAUAUUAAAAUUUUGAAAUUGUAAAAAGGUUGCUUUUUUCCCCAAAACAAAAAGAAGUCUCAGGUUUGCUUGUGGAUUAUCUAAAAGUUUUCAUGUCUCAGAACUUAGCCUUUACCUGUGAAAUGUUACUGCAGUCUUAAUAUUUUUGUGUUAGAUCUAUAUUAGAUCCAUAGUUGCAUAGCAUGAUGUAUUAGUGUAUAUGAUUUUAGCUGUGACACAACUGGUGAUUAAAAAAACAAGGCAUGCUUUAGCAGAUGUCUUUGUGACUCAAGGACAACUUCUUAUUUAACCUUUUCUUAUUUUUAUAUUUUAUUAUAUAUGCUUUUAUUACGUACAAAUAGCAACUAUAAUGCAGUUGCAAUCGAAAUAGAUUUUGAGGACACAGAAUUAUUAUAUAGCUUUUUCUACUUGAUAUGUAUCACAAUAAACAAAUUCUGUAUCUGCAUUUACCUAUAAUAGAACUAUUAUCUCCAAAAUAAAAAUCACUUUCC